UGUGCCGGAUUUCUUUCUUUCUUUCUUUUUUAACGUUGUGAAUGUAAAAGACAGGGACAGUUUGUUUUCUGUAACGUUGUACAAAACUGAGCAUGUUAGUGAAUAAUACUGAUAAGGAACCAUGGAGACAAAAAACACGCAGCCAACUUUCCCUUGGUACAAGGAGAGGUUGCAGACCAAGUAUCUUAAAGCCCCAACAAACAAGAUUUCAUUGGUCAGCAGUAGUUGGGGUUUUGUAAAUGUGAACCUCGAUGAUUGCUCUUCAGUCUUAUCUGAGGCCCGGAGAGGUGUCUCACCGGUUAUUUUCCAUGACACUUCAAACCACAGUUCCACUCAAAAGCCUAGAAAGAGCAUCCCUAAAGAGCAUGCGUGCUUCUCAAAGCAGAUGAUCCGAAAACAGAUUCGCAGAGAAUAUGUGGCCUCUGUGGAGGGAAACAUCAAACAGCAUCCUUUAGCUAUGUACCCGCACUAUAAGGAUCACAUGACCGCAGAGUUAUUUGAUAAGGUGGUAUCCAUUUUGGACCCAGACAUGUGCGUAAACAGCACCUCUUCACUUCCUACGCCUACAACACACCAUGCAGAGGAGGAAGAAGAGGAACACUGUAAAGAGCCAAGUAAGGAGGACAUAAGCAGAGCCAAACAAGGAAAAUCUGCCAAUAAAAUCAGCUCUGACGUCCAAAUCCCAAGUCCUGGAAACCCAUAUAUACUACAAAUGAAUGGAAACGGUAUCAAGAAAGGUCAGAAGGUCAAAGUGAAUCAACUGAGCAACCAUGAAAACAUGAAAGUAGCCACCAAACUUUUCAGCAGAUGGUUUGUUUCUCCGGAUGAAGAGAUCAAUGUUCCUGAAUGUCCCAUACUUCAACACUCUUCAUCAACCACCUUUCCCAUUUAAGUGGAGAACGCCAACUGUUUCUGAGUUCAAGACUAAAACCUUGUCAAAGCCACAUACAGGGAGGACAGUUACAUUUCUAAAGCCUUUGAGCCAAAUAUAGUACAGAAAGAGUAAAGUUUACAAAAUAUUAAGCACACAAAUAGAAGUAAAAUAUCACUUUUGAUGACUGCUGAUGAGAAAAAUCCAGAAACAUGUACAGCAAAGAGCCUGGUAACUGAAUCCCAAAACCUGGAAGAAAACUGGCACAGAUGACUUCAAGACACAGGCAACAUGUUCAAGGAGCUGGAUUUUAAAAUCCAAACAAGUGAUAAGAUGAGGACUACCACCUGCCACAAAAAUCCAUAUCCCCUUCACUGUCUAUUAAAAAUGGGGGACAGCUGGUUUGAUGACAAGAUGAGGAGAUAAAACAAAUGUACAGUAUGUAACCGAAGCUGUCAGGAGUUAUGUAAUCCACAAUGGACUAAGCAUGAUCAGGGAAACAAUUCGAGACUAUAUAUUUAGAGGCAGUCUUAAAAAAAAAGCAUAUGUGUUCAGAGCAUUUGCAUAAAGGAAAUGACCUAAAAAAAGAAACAGAAAAACAGAAGAGAAAAUAAAGAGAAGUUAAUCUAAAAUACAUCCCUUUUUUUCAUUGUUCUAUCUGAAUCAUUUCAAUAAAAGAGGGGUGGGUCUUUCUGAGUGCAUAAGGGAGACAUUUAACUACUGUAUCAGCAAAGGGGGCAGAUAUUACCCUGAACCGCAUGUUGUAUUAGCGCCAACUAUUUGUCCUGUCUAUUCUACUGUAUAUAACAGUAAAUCCUAAUACAGCUAGUCAAAUAACGUGACCUUGGCUCAGAUAAGCAACAAAAAAUGAUGUAUGGAUUAACCAAUUAAAUAAUAAUUAC